AUGGUCCAGCGAGUUACUUACCGACGACGAAACGGAUACAACACCCGAUCCAACCGAGUCAAGAUCAUCAAGACUCCCGGUGGAAACCUCCGAUACCUGCACAUCAAGAAGGCUGCCGGCCGACCCAAGUGCGGUGAGUGCGGCAUUGCUCUUGCUGGUAUCCCCACCCUGCGACCCCGAGAGCUUGCUACCGUUUCUCGACCCACCAAGACCGUCCAGCGAGCCUACGGCGGCUCUCUGUGCGCCAACUGUGUCAAGGACCGAGUUGUUCGAGCUUUCCUCAUCGAGGAGCAGAAGAUCGUCAAGACUGUUCUCAAGGAGACCAGCAAAUAA